CUUGAACUUUUUAAUUUAGAAGUUAUGCCAAAUAAUUACAUCAGUUCCCCUAAAUCCAACAAAUAAUUCUUUUAAAACUCUUAUCGCAGAAGAAUGUCGUGAGAUAACACAAUGAAGAAAUGCAAAUCAUUGCCGCAAUUACCCUAAAGCAUUCCUAAAGAACUAUGGCGUUGAAAAGCAAAUAUGCGGACGUACUAAUUCCCGAUAGCCAGUCUUGGCCAGAUUUUGUGUUUAGAGACUUCGAGAAGUAUGGGAAUCAAACAGCCAUUAUAUGCAGCGCAACCAAACGCGAAUACACGUUUUCACAAGUGAAGGAUUUAAGCAGAAGGGUCGCCUCGGCUUUAAGCAAAAGAGGACUGCACAAGGGAGAUGUGGUUGCGCUGUUUGCUCCCAAUGUACCUGAGUUUCCCAUUGUAUUCUUUGGAGCUCUUCAAAUUGGCGCGGUCGUGACAGGUGUCAAUCCAUUCUUCACAACCGAAGAACUGAGCAAUCAGCUUGAAGCAGCUGAAGCAGCGUGUAUCAUCACUGUCCACCAGUUAGAGCAUCGAGCAAAAGAGGCCGCCAAGAAACUAGGCAUAGAACACAUGUUUGUUCUUGGAGAUGACGUUGAAGAUGAUUUGGCCUCAGUCCUUUUCAGUGAUGACGGGUCGAGUUUUCCACAAGUCACCUUUAAUCCAAAAGAGGAUUUAGCAAUUCUUCCGUUUUCCAGUGGGACUGGCGGUCUUCCGAAAGGGGCCAUGGUAACCCACUACAACUUGGUGGCUCUGGGCUGCAUUGCGACUGCGCAUGGCUUUAUGGAUUUUAAACAAAUAACUACAGAGCAAAAGACUUCUACUGUGUUAACUUUUGUUCCAUUUCACCGCCCUUUUGGCAUGAUAGCUGUUCUUUCUAUCAAUUUGCAACAAGGUAGUUGCUUAAUUUCGGUGCCAAGAUUCGAACAAAACAGAAUAUUACAUCUUUUGCAGGAUUACAAGGUGACACUUCUUGCAACUGAGGCGUCAGUAGUGCAUCUUCUGUCCAUCCACCCAGCGGUAGUCAACACCGAUUUGUCAUCACUAGUGGAGGUGAUAUCCAGCUCGUCAUCGCUAAGCAAAGAAACGUCCAAAAAUGUCAAGAAACGAUUACCUCACCUUAAGAGAAUCAAUCAGUGUUAUGGCAUGACAGAAAACACAGCACUGAGUCACAUGACUCCCUCGCUUGACGAGAGGCAUGGUUCUGUUGGUGUUUUACUUCCCAAUCUGGAAUGUAAG